AUGGAAGAGAAAAUGGAAAAAGAAAAGAAAGAGUUAGAAAUGAAGGUUGAAAGGUCAGAGAAGGAAAUUGCUGAGUUGAGUGAGAGUUUCUCCUAUCUCAAACAGGAGAAGGAAGAGAAUGAGAAGGUAAUCUCUGAACUUGUCAAGAAAGUUGAAGAAGGUAUGGAGAAACAGAAUGACUUGUUAAUGGAGAUUGAUGCUCUAGUGGACGAGCUAGUGAGGGAGGAGAAAGAUAUAGAAAUGCUAACUCAACAGAGAGACUCACUCGACGUGAACCUGAAUCGAGUCCAACAGGAGGCAGUGAAUUUACGACACACGAUUGAGAUACUCACUUAUGAUAAAACCGAAAUGGAGGAAGCAAAAAUGGAAGUUGAAAAUGUUGUUGUGGACUUGCGAAGGGAAUUGAGUAAACUAAACGAAGCUAUGACGUCUGAGUCGAGCGUGGUUGAGAACGGGAAAAAUGAGGAGUUGGUGUUUCAAAUGGGCUGUUCUCGAGAAGCUCUAAAUGAAGUCUCAUCAGAAAAGGACAAGCUCAGUUUGCUGCUUGAGGACAAGGAGAGGAAAUUGAAGAAACAACGACUGAACUCGAGAAAAUGA